GUGUGUGAAUGCACGCGCCUUGCGCGCGCGCGAUUCUACUCGUAUCUAUUUACAUUCCGUUUGCAGAAUUCCUUAUGUGUGUCAAUUACUAAGUCAUUGUUCCCUCGUUGAAAUGCACCCAAGGAAAAUGUCAUGGUCGUCGUCCAUUCUGCUUUCAAAUUUGAACCAAUAUCUACUAGCUGGAUCUUGCCGAGCUAGCUGAUGUACAUGUGCCCGAGACUUGAGUGAUGAGGGCUACAUAGCCACAGACAUGUAACAUAACGAUAGCCAGCAAGCUAACGUGCUAGCUAAUGUUAACGUUACAUGUUUGCGGCAUUAGCAUGUCAACCCCUUCCUCCUUGCAUUUAGGUUGUAACAUUAUCAUUGACAGACCCAGAUUGCCAUGGUUUAUUUGGAUAAGCUCUGUGUCUGUUAAAGUAUAAAUUAUACAAGCCCCCCAAAAAUCACGUAAAGUUGAAAGGCGUGAUUUUUGUCAUUUGAGAAAACGAACGCAAGGACUAACAGUUAUCUUAACGUGAAGAACUUGGAACAAUGUAACGUUAGGCUAGUAGUGGCUUUAGAUCAAAAGUUGGCUAGCUAGCCUAGCUGGCAAGAUGCCAAAACCAGGAUCUAAGCAGAUGUGUUUUGGGGAUUUGAGACGUUGUGAAAAUAUGGCUCCGAAUAACGCUAUAUAAAAAAAGCUAGCCAGUAGUUUAAACGUCAUUGCCAAUAGGGUCAAUUAUACUGACAGCACACUGCAUGUAACUUAUCAUCAGCAACUGUUUAGUCAUAAAGCUUCACGGUCACCUUAGCAUCGACUUCAUUUUUAGUUUUAGGUUUCGGUGUGAUUGUGUACUGCAAAUGGCCAGGCAUUGUUUAAUGGUGAAUAUGGAACAGCGUAAUCAAAGUGAUGAACGUGCCAUGUAGCAAUAAUUCAGUGUGAGUUUUUGGUCCAUUCGUGUUGAUGGCUUCUCCCCCUAUAUCUGUACUGGCGUGAAGUAGCUUAUGACUAAUGACUGAACGUGUUGUGCUCCUGCCGUAGUUAUUAAGGUGAAUGUUGGGUCACCUGAGUGGCUGUCCUGUUGCACGCCCAGCGCAAAUAUAACGGCAAUGGGUCGCUGAAAACAACAGUUUACAGAGUUUAUAUUCUCAUCUUCUUCCUUGGUGAAGUUGAUGUAGUUUAAGCCGUCCUGGAAAACUCAGCUAUUAAACUUUUUAAGCAAACUGUUUUUAUACAUUUUUAAAUCAAACACCAGAAACAUGUAAAGUAAUGGUUGUUUGGUCAUUGGAUUCAUUAUGUUUAGUUGGUAACUUAAGAAUUCAUCCCUAUACUAGUUGCAUGUCGUGGUCCAUGGCACCAAUAUGUCAAUCCUCUUAUUCUAUUUUUUUUUAUAUUUUGGGUUGUUUUGCUCAAAUUCGUAUUCAUGGCUUUUCCAAAUUUGCCUCAUCUAUUAUUUUGGAUGAAGGCAGUUAAAACAGAUUAAACAACUUUACCUCAAUGAAUAAUUUACAUUUGGGUAAACUUGUUGGUAUAAUACUAUACUAUAAUACAUCACUUUUUCCUUAGUAAUGUAAAUGUAUGGUAAUGUUGGAAAAUAAUUCGACUCAACGCUUUAACAUUGUUCAAAUACCAAAUGACAACACAGGUUGUUACGCACAAUUGCAGCAGUAAAACUCCGAAAUCCACCAAUUCACUCAGUGUCAUGCUAGGCCCGUAUGAGGGAAUGAUUCAGCGGGAUAUUAUGCGUUUCACAGCUAGCUAGCCAACCUACGAACGCAUGUCGGAAACCGUAUUGUAAAUGAAACAUGCUGUUAAGUUGGAUUUGCCAAGUCAUUUACAGCGCAGCGAGUAGAAACUAGUGACCAUGAAGGUUGACAGAAGCAAAUUAAAGAAGACUCCCACUGAAGCGCCUGCCGAUUGCAGGACGCUGAUCGAGAGGCUGAAAGGAUGCAGCGACGAACAGCUGCUCCUGGAGCUGCAGCAGAUCAAGACCUGGAACAUCGGGAAGUGUGAGCUGUACCACUGGGUGGACCUGCUUGACCGAUUCGAUGGGAUCCUGUGCAAUGCUGGACAGACCGUGGAAAACAUGUCCUGGAUGCUGGUGUGUGAUCGGCCAGACAACAGCCAGCUCAAAGCUCUGUUGUUGGCUGUUCUCAAUUUCACGGCCCUGCUGAUUGAGUACAGCUUCUCAAGGCACCUGUACAGUUCCAUAGAGCACCUGACCACCUUGCUAGCUUCCUGUGACAUGCAGGUGGUCUUGUCAGUGCUGAACCUGCUCUAUGUCUUCAGCAAGCGCUCCAACUACAUCACCAGAUUAGGUUCCGACAAGAGAACUCCUCUGCUUGCCCGCCUGCAACACCUGGCCGAGAGCUGGGGAGGCAAAGAGAAUGGCUUUGGACUGGCGGAGUGCUGUAGAGAUCUGGCCAUGUCGAAGUACCCUCCCAGUGCCACAACUCUGCACUUUGAGUUCUACGCUGAGCCCAGCGCGGAGGUCAAAGUGGAGCGGAAGUCGAGCAGCAACACAUUACACUACAUUCACAUUGAACAGCUGGAUAAGAUCUCGGAGAGUCCGUCUGAGAUUAUGGAGUCACUGACGGUCAUGUACAACAUCCCGAAGGACAAGCAGACUCUGCUGUUCACACACAUUCGCCUGGCCCACGGCUUCUCCAACCAUAAGAAGAGGCUGCAGGCUGUCCAAGCCAGACUACACGCCAUUUCCAUCCUCGUGUACUCCAAUGCCCUCCAAGAGUCAGCCAACAGUAUCCUCUACAACGGAUUGAUAGAGGAACUAGUCGAUGUGCUGCAGAUCACAGACAAACAGCUAGUGGACAUCAAGGCUGCUUCUCUACGCACUUUGACAUCAAUAGUUCAUCUGGAGCGGACGCCAAAGCUCUCUAAUAUCAUCGACUGCACCGGCACAGCCUCCUACCACGGCUUUCUGCCCGUGCUCGUGCGCAACUGCAUACAGGCCAUGAUAGAUCCUCUCAUGGAACCGUACCCGCACCAGUUUGCCACGGCACUCUUCUCAUUCCUCUAUCACCUGGCCAGCUAUGACGCCGGUGGAGAAGCGCUGGUCUCCUGUGGCAUGAUGGAGGCCCUGCUCAAGGUGAUCAAGUUCCUGGGGGAUGAACAGGACCAAAUUACCUUUGUGACGCGAGCAGUGCGCGUGGUGGACCUCAUCACCAACCUGGACAUGGCUGCCUUUCAGUCUCACGCCGGCCUUGUCAUAUUCAUCAGCAGACUGGAGCAUGAGGUGGACUUGUCCAGGAAGGAGUGCCCAUUUGUCAUCAAGCCAAAGAUUCAGAGGCCUAGCACGACAGGGGAGACGGAGGACAUGGACACAGACAUGGACAUGUCUGAGGUUUUCAUGGAGAGCAGCCCUGGACCUUCCACCUCUGCCACCACCAAAACAGAGACAGACCCUCGAGCACCGAGCAGCACCGCCUCUACACCUAGAGCAGGUGUGCAGUGCAUCCCGCAGAGGGCCGCUCUGUUGAAGUCCAUGUUGAACUUCUUAAAGAAAGCCAUUCAGGACCCGGCCUUCUCGGAUGGCAUCCGUCAUGUAAUGGAUGGGUCCUUGCCUACCUCACUCAAGCACAUCAUCAGUAAUGCCGAGUAUUAUGGACCCUCCUUGUUCCUCCUUGCUACGGAGGUGGUGACAGUGUUUGUGUUCCAGGAGCCCUCUCUGCUUUCCUCUUUGCAGGACAAUGGCCUCACUGAUGUAAUGCUGCACGCGCUGCUCAUCAAAGACGUCCCUGCCACCAGAGAGGUGCUUGGCUCCCUGCCCAACGUCUUCAGCGCCCUGUGCCUAAAUGCCCGCGGUCUGCACUCCUUCGUUCAGUGCCAGCCCUUCGAGCGCCUCUUCAAGGUGCUGCUGUCCCCCGACUACCUGCCCGCCAUGCGCCGCAGACGCAGCUCCGACCCACUGGGAGACACUGCUUCCAACCUGGGCAGUGCAGUGGAUGAACUGAUGAGACACCAGCCCACUCUGAAGACCGACGCCACAACAGCCAUUAUUAAGUUGCUGGAGGAGAUCUGUAACCUGGGCCGAGCCCCCGAGUACAUCUGCCAGAAGCCCUCUAUCCAGAAGGCGGACGGCACGGUGGUGGUGGCGUCCACGCGCUCCAACCACGCGGCAGAGGAAGCCUCCAGUGAGGACGAGGAGGAGGAGGAGGCCCUCCACACCUUCAGCCAGCAGCAGGGGGAGCCGGAGAGCAACAGACAAGUGGUCGGUACCGAGGAGAGGAUCCCCAUUCCCCUCAUGGAUUAUAUUUUGAAUGUGAUGAAGUUUGUUGAGUCCAUCCUCAGCAACAACACAACUGAUGACCAUUGCCAGGAGUUUGUGAACCAGAAGGGCCUGCUGCCCCUCGUCUCAAUCCUCGGCCUGCCGAACUUGCCCAUCGACUUCCCCACUUCCCCUGCCUGCCAGGCUGUGGCAGGAGUCUGCAAGUCUAUAUUGACUCUGUCCCAUGAGCCCAAGGUGCUGCAAGAGGGCCUGUGUCAGCUGGAUAGCAUCCUGACGGCGCUGGAGCCGCUGCACCGGCCCAUCGAGGUGCCCGGGGGCUCGGUGCUGCUGCGCGAGCUGGCCAACGCCGGCCACGUCACCGACGCCACGCUCUCGGCCCGCGCCACACCGCUCCUGCACGCGCUCACCGCGGCCCAUGCCUACAUCCUCAUGUUCGUCCACACCUGUCGAGUGGGACAGAGUGAGAUCAGGGCCAUCUCAGUGAAUCAGUGGGGCUCCCAGCUUGGUCUGAGUGUGCUGAACAAACUGAGUCAGCUGUACUGCUCGCUGGUGUGGGAGAGCACCGUGCUGCUGUCCCUCUGCACGCCCAACAGCCUGCCCCCCGGUUGUGAGUUUGGCCAGGCCGACAUGCAGAAACUGGUGCCCAAGGAGGAGAAGCCGUCCGGCAGCAGCACCGCAUCCUCUAGCAGGAGAACUGCAGAGGCAGAUGCGCUGGGAGUCGACCCCUCAGCCCAAGGCCUGUUGGAGGGUAUGGGCCUGGACGGAGACACCCUUGCACCCAUGGAGACGGAUGAGCCCACAGCAACUGACCCUAAGGCCAAGUCCAAGCUCACGCCAGCCAUGGCCACACGCAUCAAGCAGAUCAAACCUCUGCUCUCCGCUUCUUCGCGGUUGGGUCGGGCUCUGGCCGAGCUCUUUGGGCUGCUCGUGAAACUGUGCGUGGGCUCGCCAGUCCGCCAGCGCCGCUCCCACCACACCACCAGCACGGGUACUGCCCCCACCCCUGCAGCCCGCGCCACCGCCUCCUCCCUCACCAAGCUGCUCACCAAGGGCCUGAGCUGGCAGCCACCACCCUACACGCCCACGCCACGCUUCAGGCUGACCUUCUUCAUCUGCUCCGUGGGCUUCACCUCGCCCAUGCUGUUUGAUGAGAGGAAGUACCCCUACCACCUCAUGCUGCAGAAGUUCUUCUGCUCCGGAGGCCACGACGCCCUGUUCGAGACAUUCAACUGGGCCCUGUCCAUGGGAGGCAAGGUGCCCGUGUCUGAGGGGCUGGAGCACACCGACCUGCCCGACGGCACAGGAGAGUUCCUGGAUGCCUGGCUCAUGCUGGUGGAGAAGAUGGUAAACCCCAGCACCGUGCUGGACUCGCCCCAUUCCCUGCCCGCCAAGGUGCCAGGAGCGACCAGUACCGCGCCCCAGUUUAGCGCCCUGCGCUUCCUCAUUGUCACCCAGAAGGCGGCCUUCAACUGCAUUCGCAGCUUGUGGAACCGCAAGCCCCUGAAGGUGUACGGCGGGCGCAUGGCUGAGUCCAUGCUGGCCAUCCUGUGCCACAUCCUGCGUGGCGAACCCGUCAUCCAGGAGCGUCUGGCCAAAGAGAGGGAGGGCACCGUGCGGCCCGAGGAGGAGAGCAGCACCUCCUCCUCCUCCGCCGCCCCGGCCGCUGGAGGCACUGCGCCCGUGGCUCCUGCCGGAACCACUGGAGAGGCAGCGCCUGCAACAGGCAGCGUCGCACCGACCGCAGGAGGAGGAGCAGCGGAAGAGGGCAGCACCUCCACGCCCAGGAGAGAACCACAGGUCAACCAGGCUCAGCUCACACAGCUGAUGGAUAUGGGUUUCUCCAGAGAGCAUGCCAUGGAGUCCCUGCUCAACACCAGCACCAUGGAGCAGGCCACCGAGUACCUGCUCACACACCCCCCACCUCUGCUCAGCGCCGCGGUCAGGGAGUUUGCCAUGUCUGAAGAGGAUCAGAUGAUGAGAGCCAUAGCCAUGUCUCUGGGACAGGAGGUCAGCAUGGAUCAACGCUCUGACUCCCCCGAGGAGGCAGCGCGUCGGCGUGAGGAGGACGAGCGGCGAGCGCGGGAGCGGUCCGAGGAGGAGGAGGCCCGCUGCCUGGAGCGCAUCAUGGAGGCCGAGCCCAUCGACAGCACCGAGCUGCACGCCUUCACCGACACCAUGCUGCCCGGCUGCUUCCACCUGCUGGACGAGCUGCCCGACACCGUGUACCGCCUGUGCGACCUGCUGAUGACCGCUAUCAAGCGCAGCGGCCCAGAGUACCGCGACCUCAUCCUCCGACAGGUUGUCAACCAGGUUUGGGAGGCUGCAGAUGUGUUGAUCAAGGCCGCAGUGCCGCUCACCACCAGCGACACAAAGACUGUGUCCGAGUGGACCCGCCAAAUGGCCACCCUGCCUCAGGCCUCCAACCUGGCCACCCGCAUCCUACUGCUUACACUGCUCUUUGAGGAGCUGAAGCUGUCGUGUGCGCGGGUGGUUGAGAGCAGCGGGGUGCUGGCUGUGCUCAUUAAGCUGCUGGAGGUGGUGCAACCCUGCCUGCAGGCGGCCAAAGAGCAGAAGGACAUCCAGACUCCGAAGUGGAUCACCCCUGUGCUCCUGCUCAUUGACUUCUAUGAGAAAAUGGCUGUUUCGUCCAAACGAAGAGCUCAAAUGAACAAGUAUUUGCAGCCCAACGGCAACAACUGGCGCUGGUUUGAUGACCGCUCAGGCCGCUGGUGCAGCUACAGCGCCAGCAACAACAGCACUAUCGACUCGGCCUGGCGUGCCGGGGAGACCAGUGUGCGCUUCACCGCCGGCCGGCGCAGAUACACAGUGCAGUUCAACACAAUGGUGCAGGUGAAUGAGGAGACGGGCAACCGGCGACCAGUGAUGCUGACUCUGCAGAGAGCGCCACGUGCCCCCAAGCCCUCUAAAGCUGGCAUCUCCACGGACACGGACAAGGAGGAGGGCGAGCGCGAGCGUGCCAAGACUGAGGACACCCAGGCUGAUGCGGACGACGCGGAGCAGAAGGACUCCUCUACGCCGGCCGCCCCGGCCGCCCCGGCGGCCGCCGCCGUCCAGGACUCCUCAACGGAAUCGGGCGGCAUCGUGGUGCAGGGCCUGACGGAGGAGAUGACCACGGUGCUGAUCCGCGCCUGCGUGAGCAUGAUCAGCGUGCCGGUGGACCCGGACACGCUGCACGCCACGCUGCGCCUCUGCCUGCGGCUGACGCGCGCCCACCAGUACGCCAUGAUGUUCGCCGAGCUCAAGAGCACGCGCAUGAUCCUGGGCCUGACGCAGGGCUCCGGCUUCAACGGCUUCACGCCGCUCGUCACGCUGCUCUUCCGCCACAUCAUCGAGGACCCGGCCACGCUCAGACACACCAUGGAGAAGGUGGUGCGCUCUGCUGUGACCAGCGGGGCUGGGAGCACCACCUCAGGCGUGGUGUCUGGCAGCCUGGGCUCCCGGGAGAUCAACUACAUCCUGCGCGUCCUGGGCCCUGCGGCCUGUCGCAACCCAGAAUGCUUCACGGACACGGCCAAUAGCUGCGUCCGCAUCGCUCUUCCGGCCCCAAGGGGUGCUGGCACAGCAUCAGAUGAUGAGUUUGAGAAUCUGAGGAUCAAAGGGCCCAAUGCGGUACAGCUGGUGAAGACCACCCCCCUGAAGCUGUCCCCCUUACCAUCCAUUCCUGACACCAUCAAAGAGGUCAUCUAUGACAUGCUCAACGCCCUGGCAGCCUACCAUGCCCCUGAAGAAGGUAAGCCCAAUCCCAAGUCAGGACUGUGCCAGAUCCUGCAGGACGUCGGAGACGAUGUCUACCAGCAGUACAGGCUCACGCGCCAGGGCAGCGACUUCGACUCGCAGUCAGCCUUCCACAUCAACACUCAGGUGUUUGCAGCAGACGGGGCCGUGGCCGAAUCCUCCCAGUCUGGCACUCCACAAGGAGAAGCCUCCACACCGGAGGAGAUGCGUGAAGAGAAGAAGGACCAGGAGGGAGAGAAGGGCGCCGCCUCGGAGGAGAGCCGCGCCGCCAAGGCCAAAGCCAGCAAGCCGCUCAUGCCCACCUCCACCAUCUUGCGUCUGCUCGCCGAGCUGGUGCGCUCCUACGUGGGCAUCGCCACGCUCAUCGCCUCCUACAGCUACACCGCCGGCCAGUCCGAACUCAUCAAAGAGGACUGCAGCGUGCUGGCCUUCGUCCUGGACCACCUGCUGCCACACACGCAGAACUCCGAGGACAAGGACACGCCCGCACUCGCCCGCCUCUUCCUGGCAAGCCUGGCAGCCGCCGGCACAGGCACCGACGCUCAGGUGGCGCUGGUCAACGAGGUGAAGGCUGCCCUGAGCCGGGCGCUGGCCAUGGCGGAAGGCACGGAGAAACACGCCCGCCUGCAGGCGGUGAUGUGCAUCAUAAGCACCAUCAUGGAGUCGUGCCCGUCCACCUCCAGCUUCUACAGCACCGCCACCACCAAGACCCAGCACAACGGCAUGAACAACAUCAUCCGCCUCUUCCUCAAGAAGGGCCUGGUCAACGACCUUGCCCGUGUGCCACACAGUCUCGACCUUUCCAGUCCCAACAUGGCAAACACUGUGAAUGCAGCCCUGAAGCCUCUGGAGACACUCUCGCGAAUCGUCAACCAGCCCAGCAGCCUGUUCGGGGGCAAAGGAAACUCCAGCAAGAACAAGACUGAGCAUGACACAGUUGGAACCACCAGAGAUAGCAACAGCAACACCCAAGACCCAGGUGAAGUGGGUGAGGCGGAACCUGUGGAGAGCCGUCACCGCGGCCAGGGGACGGACGUGGACCUGAUGGACGGGGAGACGGAGGGAGACACGGUGGUGAUCGCCGGGCAGCCCGAGGUCCUCAGCACACAGGCCAUGCAGGUGGAGAAUGAACUGGUGGAUUUGAUCGAUGAACUUCUGGAGAGGGACCCCGGCACUGUCAAUAGCACCAUUAUCGUUGGACCCAGUGGAGAAGACGAAUCACAAGAGGAUGUGCUAAUGGAUGAAGCUCCUUCCAACAUGAGUCAAGCCUCCACACUACAGGCCAACAGAGAGGACUCCAUGAACAUCCUGGAGCCCGAGGAUGAGGAGCACACUCAGGAGGAAGACUCCAGCGGCAGCAACGAGGAUGAAGACAGCCAGGACGAGGAAGAAGAGGAGGAGGAGGAAGAGGAGGAGGAUCAGGAUGACGAAGAAGGAGAUGAGGAGGACGAUGACGAAGGCUCAGAGAUGGAACUGGACGAAGACUUCCCGGACAUCAACUCUGCACCGCACAUUCGCUUCGAGAGGUUCGACCGCGAUGAUGACCUCAUCAUCGAGUUUGACAACAUGUUCUCUACCAACGCUGACAUCCCUCCCUCCCCAGGCAACAUUCCCAGCUCCCACCCGCUGAUGGUGCGCCACGCCGACCACGGCUCGCUCACGCUGGGCGGGGCGGGCAGCAGCAGCCGGCUGGCCCAGGGCAUGGGCCGCAGCCAGCGCACCCUGCGCCAGCUCACCGCCAACACCGGCCACACCAUCCACGUGCACUACCCCGGCAACCGCCAGCCCAACCCACCUCUCAUCCUGCAGAGGUUGCUGGGCCCCAGCGCUGCAGCAGACAUCCUGCAGCUGUCCAACUCUCUGCCGCUGCAGUCCCGCGGCCGCACACGCCUCCUAGUGGGCAACGAGGACGUGCACAUCAUCGCCCGCUCCGACGACGAGCUGCUCGACGACUUCUUUCACGAGCAGAGCAGCACGGGCGGACAGGCCGGCACUCUCUCCAGUAUUCCUACUGCCUUAACCCGCUGGACAGACGAGUGUAAAGUGUUGGAUGCCGAAAGCAUGCAUGAUUGUGUCGCUGUGGUGAAGGUACCCAUCCUACAGCACCUGGAGGGCCUGCGGGACGAGGAGCUGGAGGAGCGCAGGGAGAAGAGGAGGCGUCAGCUGGCCGAGGAGGAGGAGGCCAAGCAGAACGAGAGGAGCACCUCCGCUGGGGAGGAGAGCCGGGAGCAGAGCCUACAGGGCUCUGGCCUGGGAACCGUGAACGGAGCCGGAGAGAACACCGCAGAAGGGGAGCAGGCUCAGGGUGGAGUCUCCUCCAGCCUGGACCAGCCGCGCACCUCCGAGGGCUUCCUGACCGCCCCGCCGUCCGGAGAGGUCACCCCCACCACGCCCGCCCCUCACGAGCAGGCCCUGGUCUCCCUGGAGACGGCCAUCAGCCAACAGGUGCACCAGCCAAUCGCCGAGCUGCUGCUGGCUGAGUCUCAUGGCGAUUCGCUGGGGGCCCUUGCUGGCGCGGGACUCGGUCAGCUGCCGGCGCCUGACAGGCCCAACUGUGAAGCCGAGGCCUCUCAGAUGGAGAUGUCCCCUGCGCCCACUAUCGGUGAGAGAGGAGGAGGAGCGUUGGAGGCAGUCAGGGAAGCUUCUCUCAGUCCAGACAUCGCUGAGAGCUCUGAGCCCGUGCCAGUGGGUGUGUCACAAUUGGAAGGGUCUCCCAUGGAUACCAGCAGCCCCGCCUCUGCCACACAGGAAGAGCCGGCUGCUAGUUCGGCUCCAGCCAUGUCCCAGGAACUGUCUGGGAGCGGAGACAGCGGGCUGACCGACAGGCAAACGGAUGCUGAGACCGGCUCUACGUCUGUCUCGUCGCCCGGAGAGACAAUGCCCCGGAGUGACAGCGCUGACAGCCAAUCGCAGGCUAUCCAGGAGGAACCUCUGCCAUCCACCAGCAACGAUGACGAAGACCCUCUGGCAGGUAUCAGUUUGCCCGAGGGUGUGGACCCCUCGUUCCUGGCCGCGCUUCCUGAGGACAUCCGCCGGGAGGUUCUGCAGAAUCAGCUGGGCAUCAGGCCUCCAUCUCGUGCCACCACCUCCGCCCUGCCCUCUGCCGCCACUCCUGUGCUCGGGGGAGGGGCUGGGAUCACCGAGGUCAGCCCCGAGUUCCUGGCUGCUCUGCCACCUGCCAUCCAGGAAGAGGUUCUCGCCCAGCAGCGUGCUGAGCAGCAGCGGCGGGAGCUCUCCCAGCAGCCUACCACGGGCGACCAGCCCCUGGACCCAGUCACCUUCAUCCAGACGCUGCCCUCGGAGCUGCGCCGCAGCGUGCUCGAGGACAUGGAGGACAGCGUGCUGGCCGUCAUGCCGCCGGACAUCGCCGCCGAGGCCGCCGCCCUGCGCCGCGAGCAGGAGGCGCGCCAGCGGCAGCUCAUGCACGAGCGCCUGUUCGGCCACAGCUCCUCGUCUGCGCUGUCCGCCAUCUUGCGCUCGCCCGCCUUCACCAGCCGCCUGGGGGGCAACCGCGGCGUGCAGUACACGCGCCUGGCCGUGCAGCGCGGGGGAACCUUCCAGAUGGGCGGAGGAGCCAACCACAGCCGCCCCUCCAGCUCCAACGUGGACUCUCUGCUGCGUCUGCGCGGACGUCUGCUGCUCGACCACGAGGCGCUCUCCUGCCUGCUGGUGCUGCUGUUCGUGGACGAGCCCAAGCUCAACACCAGCCGGCUGCACCGCGUGCUGCGCAACCUGUGCUACCACUCGCAGACGCGCGGCUGGGUCAUCCGCAGCCUGCUCUCCAUCCUGCAGCGCAGCAGCGAGAGCGAGCUCUGCCUGGACAGCAGCGUCGCCACCCUGGCGGCCGCCGCCACCUCCUCCGGCUCCUCCCGCUUAGACGAGGCCUCUGGCAGGGGCAGCAAGCGGGCACUGGGCCAGAGUGGCAACAGCAGCAGCGGAGCCGGCGGUGCCAGCAGUAGCAGCAAGGGCGCGUCCUCUGCCCAGGCCUCCUCCAUGGCCUCUUCGUCGUCGGCGUCGUCCUCGUCUUCUUCAUCGUCUUCGCCCUCGUCACUGGAGCUGCUGAACCGCGUGGAGUCCCGCAGCUCCAGCCAGCUCUCCUGGCUCUCCGUGUCCAUGGACGCGGCUCUGGGCUGCCGCACCAACAUAUUCCAGAUCCAGCGGGUCUCCGGGCGCAAGCAUGCCGACCGCCACCCCCCGCAGGGCAGCAGCAGCGUGGUCAGCUCGGGGCUGGCUGGAGGAGGAGGGAUCAGUGGCGGGGCAGGGGUGACGUGUUCCGCUGGCGGGGGAUCUACCGUGCACAUACACCCGCAGGCGGCACCUGUUGUCUGCCGACACGUGCUGGAUACACUCAUCCAGCUCGCCAAGGUGUUCCCCAGCCACUUUACCCAGCAGCGCUGUAAGGACCUGCUCACCUCCUCCGCCUCAGACCUGGACACCCGCCUGCUCGGUAGUGCGUCCAGCUCCAGCUGCCGUUCCCAGGGCAACCUCUCCUCUUCUGUCAACCCCUCUUCUGCCUCCCACAACUCCCUGGGCGGCGGCAGCUCCUCCUCCUGCUCGGUCGGCACGGCCCAGUCCCUGGGCAUCUCCACCGACUUCUGGGACCUGCUGGUCAAGCUGGACAACAUGAACGUGAGCCGCAAGGGCAAGGCCUCCAUGAAGACGGUGCCUCUAGGGGGCGCCGGCGAGGCGGACGGCGGCGGCCUGAGUCUGGAGGCGUCGCCACUGGGCCAGCUGAUGAACAUGCUGUCGCACCCGGUCAUCCGCCGCAGCUCGCUGCUCACCGAGAAGCUGCUGCGCCUGCUCUCGCUCAUCUCCAUCGCCCUGCCCGACAACAAGGCCACCGAGGUGCCCGCCGCACACCCGACGCCGCAGGUCCCCGCCAUUGCCACCGCUGCGGCUGUGGCCACGGUAGCGGGCGCAACCGCGACGACCAUCUCGGGCGCCGUCGCGGCCACCGCCUUGGGGGCCACUGCUGCUCCUGCUGUGACCACGCAAGGGGCCACCUCAGGAAUGGGAGCAGCAGCAGCCGUACAGCCGCCCGCCUCCAGCAGCAGCAGCAGCUCAGCUGGGCUAAACACCACCAGCAGCACCAGCGCAGGGGCUUCAGGAGGGAAGCAGAAGGCGGUGGCGGCGAUAGCAGCCAUCACAGAGUUCGACGCCAAGCUGGCCUCCACUGGCCUCACCGAGAAGCAGCUGCAGCUCUCUGUUGAGGUGCUGACGUCUCACUCAUGUUCUGAGGAGGGUCUGGAAGACGCAGCCAACAUCUUGCUGCAGCUGUCCCGAGGCGACGGCCUGACGCGUGACACCGUCCUCCGACUGUUGCUGAGUGGCGCGCGCCACCUGGGAUACACCCUCUGCAAACAGAUCGGCACUUUAUUGGCAGAGCUAAGGGAGUAUAAUCUCGAGCAGCAGAGGAGGGCACGGGCCGAUGCCCAGUCUCCUGAGUCGGGGCACGAGGACCCCUCUCUCAGCGCCCGCCUCAAGGGCAAGAUGACCAGCAGAUUCUGGCAAGGGAGACUCAUUCCAGGGUUUGAUGGAUCGGAGAGCGUGGUGAUCGUAGCGGCGCAAAAGCGCCCGCUAGGCGGUCGCGAGCUGCAGCUGCCGUGCAUGAGCUCGCUCACCUCCAAGACGUCCACGCAGAAGUUCUUCCUGCGCGUGCUGCAGGUCAUCAUCCAACUGCGCGAGGACACGCGCCGGGCCAACAAGAAGGCCAAGCAGACCGGGCGACUGAGCUCCACCAGUCUGGGUUCAGCCAGCAGCAUUCAGGCUGCGGUGCGGCAGCUGGAGGCCGAGGCCGACGCCAUCAUUCAGAUGGUGAGAGAGGGCCAGCGGGCUCGCCGCCUGCAGCAGGCCCCCCCAACCUCCACCACCUCCUCCUCCUCCUCCUCCGCCGUCGCUGCUGCUGCUGCUGCCGCCGCCACUGUGUCUGCCGGACCCUCAGCCCCGCCCGCCCCUGCUGCCGUGGCCACCGCCGCCGCCCACAGCGCCCCCCCUCCCGGCACGGCCAGCACCGCCACGUCUGAGGUGCACUCUGCAUCAGAGCCGCCGGCCGCCCAGCGAGACGACUCCCCCAUGGACGUGGACCAGCCCUCACCCCUGGAGCAGGAUGGCGCACCCUUGGGAGAGGAGGGCAGCAGCCAGGCGGAGCAGGAGGAGCGACUGCCCGACCUGCCCCUGCUCAGCGAGCAGCUCCUCCUGGACGAGCUGUGGGACAUGCUGGGCGAGUGCCUGAAGGAGCUGGAGGAGUCGCACGACCAGCACGCAGUUCUGGUGUUGCAGCCAGCGGUGGAGGCGUUUUUCCUGGUGCACGCCACAGAGCGUGAGAGCAAGCCGCCGGUGCGCGACACACGAGAGAGCCAGCUGUCCCACCUCAAGGAUGAUCCGGCACCCCUGUCCCCCGCGCCCCUCACCCCUGCCACGCCGUCCUCCCUGGACCCCUUCUUCUCCAGAGAGCCUUCCUCUAUGCACAUCUCCUCCAACCUGCCCCCCGACACCCAGAAAUUCCUGCGCUUUGCUGAGACCCACCGUACAGUGCUUAACCAGAUCCUGCGCCAGUCCACCACCCACCUGGCCGACGGCCCCUUCGCCGUGCUGGUCGACUACAUCCGCAUCCUAGACUUUGAUGUCAAACGCAAGUAUUUCCGUCAGGAGCUGGAGCGUCUAGACGAGGGCCUGAGGAAGGAGGACAUGGCCGUUCACGUGAGGAGAGACCACGUGUUUGAGGACUCCUACAGGGAGCUGCACCGCAAGAGCCCAGAGGACAUGAAGAACAGGCUCUACAUCGUGUUUGAGGGCGAGGAGGGCCAGGACGCCGGCGGGCUUCUGAGGGAGUGGUACAUGAUCAUCUCGAGGGAGAUGUUCAACCCCAUGUACGCGCUGUUCCGCACGUCGCCCGGCGACCGCGUCACCUACACCAUCAACCCCUCGUCCCACUGCAACCCCAACCACCUCAGCUACUUCAAGUUCGUGGGCCGCGUGGUAGCCAAGGCCGUCUACGACAACCGGCUGCUGGAGUGCUACUUCACACGCAGCUUCUACAAGCACAUCCUGGGCAAGAGCGUCAGGUACACAGACAUGGAGAGUGAAGACUACCCCUUCUUCCAGGGUCUGGUCUACCUGCUGGAGAACGACGUGUCCACCCUGGGCUAUGAGCUGACAUUCAGCACAGAGGUCCAGGAGUUUGGGGUGUGCGAGGUGAGAGACUUGAAGCCCAACGGAGCCAACAUCGUGGUGACGGAGGAGAACAAGAAGGAGUACGUGCACCUGGUGUGUCAGAUGAAGAUGACCGGUGCCAUUCGCAAACAGCUGUCAGCCUACCUGGAGGGUUUCUAUGAGAUCAUUCCCAAGCGGCUCAUCUCUAUCUUCACUGAGCAGGAGCUGGAGCUGCUCAUCUCUGGCCUGCCGGUCAUCGACAUCGACGACCUGAAGGCCAACACAGAGUACCACAAGUACCAGGCCAGCUCCAUACAGAUCCAGUGGUUCUGGCGUGCCCUGCGCUCCUUCGACCAAGCCGACCGGGCCAAAUUCCUGCAGUUUGUCACGGGCACGUCCAAGGUGCCCCUGCAGGGCUUCGCCGCUCUGGAGGGCAUGAACGGCAUCCAGAAGUUCCAAAUUCACCGUGACGACCGCUCCACUGACCGCCUGCCCUCUGCGCACACUUGCUUUAAUCAGCUGGACCUUCCAGCAUACGAGAGCUACGAGAAGCUGAGACACAUGCUGCUGAUGGCCAUUCAGGAAUGCUCAGAGGGCUUCGGACUGGCCUAGAGACUUUCCUUACACACGUACACAUACACACACACAUGCAUUCACAGACACACACACAAACAUCAUACACAUGUACUGACACACACACACACACAGGUUUAGACUCAUAUUGUUAACUUAUGACACAGAACACACAUGCAUAUUCACACUAUCGUAGACAUGGCCAAGAUCUAUUUGUUUGUAAUACAUAUAAACCAGACGGCAUUGGAGAGAUGAUGCAAGCGAAUAAGAGCGACUUAUUGACAUUUGCCUACUACACACAGAGCCUCACACAGACACACAGAACUGUAUUUGGUAUGUUUGUGUGUCUCCCUUUCCCUAUUAAAUUGCAAAACCUGAGAGACGAUAUGGAGGAUAAUACUUGGACUAAUAUGAGAAGAAGAAAAAAAAAAAGAAAAAAAAAUAUGUUUCUCCAUUUAGUUUUUCUCUGUACAAAAGGUUUGGGAGUUUAUUAUGUUUAAUCUUUUUUUUUUUUUUUUUUUUUUUUUUUCCUUUUGGCUGUGUAAAAAAAAAAUGACAAAAAAGACAAAAGGUUGUGCGUGUGAAAGGAUGGAUAUAAAACACUUGGGGGAAAACCGCUGAUUGUCCUCUGCUAAUUUGUGACCUCAUGGUGAGCUUGGAACAGGGGAUAGUCAGUGUGUGGUGCGGAACAGGAGAUGCGAAUGCAGGGACUUUUCAAAGGGUGACAUUUUUAAGGCAACUUCUGUGGUAUUUUUGGGGGGGGGGGGGGGGGGGGGAUUAUGCAGAGAUAAAGGAUAACAAGUGAAGGAUUACGGUUGGGGUGGGGUGUUUGGGUAGGGGGGAAACCACAGGCAUUCUGACUGAAAUGUGGUCAAUCCAACAGCUGAAACCAGCCUCUCCGCAAAAGAGAUCAGAGAAUAAAUUGCUACUUAAAUAAAUGCAUAAAUCGA